UAAUAUUAAUAAUGUUUGUGUAUAUUUGUGGCCAUAGAAACCAUGGUUUGUAUAUAAAGACAACGGUCUUCACGAGUGAUUGUUGCGGGGAUCAAUACGUAGUUAAAAAGAAUCUGGCAGUCUGGAGUGUUGAAAAGCAGGUUUGUGAAGAAGCUGGAUAUGUGGUUCAUAAAAACAUUGCUCCUACUUCUUGGUGUUUUGGAAGUUUUCUGUGGAUGUGAUUUUAAUAUGACCCUGUUCCACUAUACAGGAUUAGACAACUAUGUAUUCAGUGGAAAUGAGCUGUCCGACGAAAUGUCUUUGAAUCGCCUUGAUUGUAUAGUUGCAUGCGGACUGAACACCUACUGUCGACAGGCUUCCGUGUACCCUUCAACCAACCGGUGUAAGCUGUACUCCAAGCCUUCUUGGUCGCUGGACGAUGCCACCACAGAGGGAGGAUGGAUCACAUAUGUCGCUGACUGUUCUUUGAACGUGUCGAUGGUGAUGUCACCCCUCUGCCGGGAUGGAACGUCGUUCUUGUACCCCGGAGUCCAACAGGAGUGCCUGGCCAAUGGACGGUGGAACCGUCUUGGGGUUCGGGAUUGCGUCCAUUCAUUUGAGCAUGACGCAGUGGCUGAUACACACACAGUCCACUUCCACUCCCAGAUGCACGCAGGAAUGACCCUGACGGUUCUCGCACAAUUCGACGGUGUCGCCAAUGCUGAGUUCCGUCUGUGUUACAACGGGGAUAUCCGGUCUCUUGUAAUCGGACCAAGAUUUUUUUGUACGUGCACAGUUUUCAACACUUACGGUACAGAUUGGGAAGCGGAGGAAUACAUCCGGGAUGAAUUCCCGUUUGUGGCAAAUCAACAGUUUAAUCUUACAAUCCAAAUAACGGACACCACGUUUGAGAUCUUUGUGGAUGAGGCUCACUUCAAGUCCUUCACACAGAGAAAAGCCCUGCAUCCAACCACAAGGCUGAUGAUGGAAUUCGUUGACGCCGUUAAUGAAGUCAUUAUAAGCACAUAGACAGUUUAUGCAAAACUACCCAGCUACAAAUUACUUUUUACAAACUGGUUAAGAGAAAGUCAAAUUUAACAGUUCUUUAAAUUUUCAAUUACACGAAACGCCUCAUCUUCACGAGGCAAGGUGUCCACAAGCCUAGUUUCUAGACUUUGAUACAAAACGGCUCUCGUAAAGGCUCUUGCCUCGGGAAGAUGAAAACACCCCAGUUUAUUAUACAGUAAACUACGGUUAUAACGAACACGAUUAUAACGAACUGACGGAUAUAACGAACUUCUUUUUUUGGUCCCGACUAUUUGCUGUAGUUAUGCUGUAUAUAUGCUUAUAACGAACUACGGUUAUAACGAACCAAAAUUAGUGGUCCCCUUCAGUUCGUUAUAACCGUAGUUAACUGUACAUGAAGUUGACACUAAAGACAGGAGGCCCGUGUACCUGCCGUUGACAAAACCAUGCGUCCAUUAUAUCCGACAUUGACAUCAAAGACAUGCUUCAAUUAUAUCUGACGUUGACAUCAAAGACAUGCGUCUAUUAUAUCUGACGUUGACAUCAAAGACACGCGUCCAUUAUAUCUGACGUUUACAUCAACCGCAUGCGUCCAUUAUAUCUGACGUUGACAUCAAAGACAUGCGUCCAUUAUAUCUGACGUUAACAUAAAAAACAUGCGUCCAUUAUAUCUGACGUUGACAUAAAAAACGUGCGUCUAUUAUAUCUGACGUUGACAUCAACCGCAUGCGUCCAUUAUAUCUGACGUUGACAUAAAAAACAUGCGUCUAUUAUAUCUGACGUUGACAUCAAAGACACGCGUCCAUUAUAUCUGACGUUGACAUCAACCGCAUGCGUCCAUUAUAUCUGAUGUUGACACCAAAGACAUGCGUCUAUUAUAUCUGACGUUGACAUCAACCGCAUGCGCCAAUUAUAUCAGACGUUGACAUAAAAAACAUGCGUCCAUUAUAUCUUACGUUAACAUAAAAAAACAUGCGUCCAUUAUAUCUGACGUUGACAUAAAAAACAUGCGUCUAUUAUAUCUGACGUUGACAUCAAAGACACGCGUCCAUUAUAUCUGACGUUGACAUCAACCGCAUGCGUCCAUUAUAUCUGAUGUUGACACCAAAGACAUGCGUCUAUUAUAUCUGACGUUGACAUCAACCGCAUGCGCCAAUUAUAUCAGACGUUGACAUAAAAAACAUGCGUCCAUUAUAUCUUACGUUAACAUAAAAAAACAUGCGUCCAUUAUAUCUGACGUUGACAUAAAAAAACAUGCGUCUAUUAUAUCUGACGUUGACAUCAAAGACACGCGUCCAUUAUAUCUGACGUUGACAUCAACCGCAUGCGCCAAUGAUAUCAGACGUUGACAUAAAAAAACAUGCGUCCGUUAUAUCUGACGUUGACAUAAAAAACAUGCGUCCAUUAUAUCUGACGUUGACAUCAAAGUCAUGCGUCCAUUAUAUCUGACGUUAACAUACAAAAACCGCGUCCAUUAUAUCUUACGUUGACAUCAACCGCAUGCGCCCAUUAUAUCUGACGUUGACAUCAAAGACAUGCGUCUAUUAUAUUUGACGUUGACAUCAAAGACAUGCGUCCAUUAUAUCUGACGUUGACAUCAAAGUCAUAUGUCCAUUAUAUCUGACGUUGACAUCAAAGACAUGCGUCCAUUAUAUCUGACGUUGACAUCAACCGCAUGCGUUCAUUAUGUCUGACGUUGACAUCAAAGUCAUGCGUCCGUUAUAUCUGACGUUGACAUCAAAGACAUGAGUUCAUUAUACCUGACUUUGACAUGAUGCCAUAUGUGCAUUCAAGAUUUUACAUCAUACAGUUUGUGUAUACACUAGAUGCUUUAUCGUACAUGUUUUGUACACACACACACACGCACG